AUGCACACGCAGUUGUGUAUCUGUAACCAAUCAAAAGUUUUUCUUCGACAUCUCAGCUUCUUCCUUAUCACUAUUACUGUAGAUCUCUUCUGUUCUCUCCUCUUCUCAUCUCUGGACAUUCCUAGAGAGGGUACAAAUCUGAGAACCCAACCAGGGAGCCUGCCCACAGUGGGUGCCAUCCUUAGGCUUAUAACCACAGAGCGCCCAGACGGCAUCAUCGCAGCGGCCAGUCCGGAACUCCUGCCCUCGCUAGACUCGCUGGUGGAUGGCGGUUACCACCGGCCCAUCUCUCCUCGAUUUGUGCCGCCAACACCGGCAGACGAGAUGCUGGAUGGGCUGGAUGAUGUGGAGACAGGGCCGAGUUGGCGCCGCAAGACCAAGCCCAGAAAGCGCAAUGUGUUUGCUCUGCACGCCAGCUCCGAUGACGAAGGCCGCGGCGUGAACAGAUGA